GCUAAUCUUCUGCGUUCCAUUCCUUAGAGAUAGGGUAGGGUACUUGUGUUUACGGUAAGAUUUUUGGUAGUUCGUUGUCGUUUAAUUCAUGUCCCAGCUCAACUGUAGAAAAACUAGAUAGAAGUAUAAGAAAAGUGGUUUUCUGUAACGUUCAAGAGUAGGAAAGCUGAGCAUUAAUUACUCAUUUUUGGGUGAAAAGUUCGGCAAACUUUGGUCGUCAUGGCGGACACGGAGAGAAGACGUCCUAUGAUCGGAGCUAUGUUCCGUGGCCCGGGACCCGCUGCUUAUGUUUUACCAGGAUCUACAGGUUACAUUGGACAUGAUUGUACGAAAUACAAGAAACCAGCCUUCAGUUUUGGCGCAAGAACGUGGAAAAAUCAACAGUUGACAGGACCUGGUCCUAAAUACAAAAUAGAAGAUGUUACGCGAUUCGGAAUGGAAGGGACACCGAAGUAUACUCUCCAUUCGCGAACAAACUUGCAAGGGAAAUUUCAAACUCCGGCUCCAUGGGAUUACAAGGCAGAGAAAAAGCCAGUAUUUAAACAUGCCUUUCCCCCGCAAUAUUCCUUUGGUUUGCGCACUCCAUAUGGAAAGCAGGACAACAACCCAGCCCCGAAUAAUUACAACAUGCCAUCAAUAAUUGGUCCUAAGGCCGUAGGAAAGAAGUCUUCAGCUGCUUUCUCUAUGACAAGUAGAUCAAAGAUUGGAAGUUUUCAUGAGGAUUUGCAGAAGACUCCUGGACCAGGCACAUAUAAAGUGACUGAUCCAAAUAUCUACAGGAACAGGAAGCCCAUAUUUUCCAUGACGGCUCGUAACAAUGCGCCUGGUGACCGAACCCUAAAACCAGGACCUGGAGCCCACAGACCUGAACUGUGUUAUGCUACAUUCAAAAGACAACCCUCUUUUCACUUUGGCCAGAGGUGGUCUGAGUAUGUUGCACCACUGAUUGUGGAUCCUAUUGAUUAACGGAGAUUUUUAGCUGGUAGCAGCCAUAUUGUUUGUGCCUGCCAACUCUGAGUCAAGCAGAUCAGAAAAUUUUCAUUUCAUGUCAGCUUAAUGGCCUUCCUGAUUAAUAGCUCAUAGAUGUCACAAACAUUUAUGUUAUUCUGUAAAUGGUUUGAACCUUGGGGUAAAUCUUUAUUUUGUGAUUAUCGUCUAGGUGAGGGCAGUCCUGAGAAGGACUGUUGUCAGUAGUAGGGAAUGAGAUUUUGACAACCAGAGUAGAAGUAAUCAUUAUUUUGUUAUUACAGUCUUGAUUGUAAAAUGAUCAUACUUCACCCAAAACCUCUGGUGUUAGAAGGGAGAAAACUGGAGAUUCUGUAAAGGCUGCUGCUGCAUUCAAUAUCCCUGGAAGUGUGUAGUUAUCUUGCCUUUUUCUUCUGUGUCCCACACAAAAUAAUUACUGACUAAAAAAGGUUGGCAGGUAUAAAGAAUUAUUUUUUUGUAUUUCCAGAAAGUAUAACCAUUGAUCUUGAAUUACAAUUUACAAAAUUUAGGAACAAAGGGACAACAUACUUGAACUCUAAAAUAAGGGUUUGAGGAAACUUUCCUAGUUCAUUUUUUAGUCCAUGUAUUUCAAAAAGUAGUGUUAAGCAUUUCCUCAAGCAGCGUCUAGUAGUUUCCUUUCUCUAUGGUUUAUUGUUACUGCCUGAGAUUAAGCAUCAGCAUGUACAUAAACAGAUUCUUAUCUAAUGUUUUAAAACAGUUUACAGAACAAGAUUGGAAGCCAGGAAAUGUGGUAUUUUGAUGAGAUUCUUUUUUUCUUUUAGUGCUGCAAUUACAGUAUUAUGAGUAGACAAAAAGUGGAUUUGCUUUUUUCAGUAGUUGUUUUUUUUUUCAUAUAUAUAUAUUUUAUGAAGAUUUAAGAAAGAAAUAAAUUCAAAGAGUUUGUCUCGGCAGAACAAAACUUAAUAUAUGUACACAAGGCUUAUAUCAAAAUGAUAAUAAGCUCUGUUGCUCUUUGAGUUUUUUCUUUGCUUUCAACUUACUCUCCAUUUGAAAAAAUCGUUAGAUUGGUGUGAAGCUUACUUACAGUUGCAAAGCCCAGAGAGUAAUACAAAGCUAAUAGCAUUGUGGCUUUUGAAAUGCAAAAUGUUAUUAAAAUUGUGCUGUAUAUUAA